GGUGAAGUGUGAAGUCACCUGUCAACCCAUCGAGAGACAUGGAGGGUUCUCAUUGUUAUCCUUUUAUUUAUGUUAAAUCACAAAAAAAAGAUGAAAAACAUAUUCAAAUAAAAACUGAAUCCUUUUGGGACCACUCCGAUUAUAAUAGUGAACGCUUCAAAUGUGAUAUGGAUGCAAACGUUAAAUGUGAAAUUGUGAAAGAGGAGCAGGAGGAAAAACUGUGUGUUGACAAUUUAUCUAGAAAAAACUUCAAUACUGAUAAUGAAGACUAUAAUCAUGAGAAUGAUAUGUUUCCAUAUCAGGAAAAUGCGAUUUUAGAUAAGAAGCAAAUGUCACUAAUACCUGAGAUACAUGACAAACUGUCUGAAAAGAAAAUUUUCGCCAUAAAGUGUGAACCAGGUUCUGAAGAAAAAUCAUCCCAUUGCACUAUAAUAAAAAAAGAAACAUUAGAGAAUGAAAAUAGCCCUGAAGUACGCCUGGCAGAUGAGGUAAAAAAAGAAAACGACUCCAGAGAACCAAAACUCAAACUGAGGUUUCCUUGUGGACUCUGUUCAAAAACUUUUUCUGCUACCAAAUCAUUGAAAUGUCAUGUAGCUGUCGUUCAUAAUAAUGAAAGGCCAUUUCAGUGUCAAAUUUGUUUGAAGAGUUUUGGCAGAAAAUCUUUCUUGAAAGAACAUGAAAAUUACCAUACAGGAGAAAAUGUAUUCAAAUGCAAAAUUUGUUCAAAAACUUUUGCAAAAAAAUCAGUGUUAAAAGUACAUCUGGAAGGUCAUGUCAAAAGGUUCCAAUGCAAAUACUGUCUGGAGACCUUUACUCGUAAGACUCAGCUUGUAAAACAUGAAAGAUCUCAUAAUGACAAACCAUUCCAAUGUGAAAUAUGUUCUAAGGAUUUUGCUCUAAAAAUUUACCUAAUAGAGCACACAAGAACACAUAGUGGGGAGAAACCCUAUGCCUGUAAAAUAUGUUCCAAGAAAUUUUUUCGAAAUUCUCAUUGCAGAAGGCAUGAAAAAUCUCACUCUGGGGACAAACCAUUCCAAUGUAAACUUUGUCAAAAAACAUUUUCAAGAAAUUCCCACUUGGUAGAACAUGAACGAACACACACUGGAGAAAAACCGUAUCAGUGUACAUUUUGUGAAAAAUGUUUUUCACGACAAUCCAAUCGGAAUAUGCAUGAAAAAACUCAUUAUGAGAUUAAACCUUAUGAGUGUCACAUUUGCAACAAGGCUUUUGCACAAUCUUGUGACUUAACAAAACAUGAAAAGAGCCACGUUAAAGAGAAAAAGCGGUUGAGUAAAGUUGAAAAAGUUAAAUGAAGGUAAUGGAUUUCUGGUACAAUGGAAAAACUAAUUCAGUGUAGCCAAUCCAGUUAAUGUCCAUAAAGAUGAAUAUGAUUGACAAGUCGCGUUACCGAAAAUGUAAUGUGAAGCUUAAAAAAAACUAACCAGUUUAUUUAGAAGAGAAGAAGAAUUUCAUCAUUCAAUGCAUCUUCAGUAUGGAAAAAAUCAUAGUUUCCAGGGCUCCUGUAUAGAGAUAUUUCAAAAUGUUUUAUACCAAAAGGUAUUUUGUCAAAACCUCUCCUUCUAUGGCACACUUGAUAAAGAAGUAAUAAUAAAGAGAACUAAUAAGUUUCGGCAUUUCCUUCAUAGAGUUGCUGAAUACAUACAUCAGUUGACACAAUUUGACAAUGUCAAGUCGGCACUUCGAUGUUUACAUUUGGGAAUAAAAUGAUAUAGGUGAA